GAUGAUAUCGUGAAAAUGCUGCGCUCUAAGAAGGAUGUUGACCGCCAUGUGCGGGAUAUUCUGAAAAUACAAGUGCGCACAGAAGAGGAGCGUAAAGUACGAGGAUACAACAUAGCUCGUAUGUACUACAAUGUUGGAGAAUAUGAAAGUGCACGUCGUUACCUGUCAGAGUUUCUUUCAGUGCGCCCAAAGGCCAAUGAUGCACAUCGCCUACUGGGACAGAUUUUUGAAUCAUUAAUCCUGAAAGAAAAAGCUGUUCAAGCCUACAAAACUGCGUAUGAAUUAGGGGAGGGCCAAAGGGAUCUUGUUUUAAAAAUUUGUGAAUUGUACUGUGAUGUUCCUUGUGAUGCUUCAGUUCGUUUAUACUGGGCUGAUGAAGGGGAUCGUCUUUUCCCACAUCAUGAGAAUGUUAUCAGAUUACGUGAAGCCAUCAUUAGUACAAGCACUAGUUCCCGUGAAGAGCUGGAGAAGCUCUAUUUUGAUGAAAUUAAGGCUAAUCCUUUAAGAGUCAAGUUAUAUACAAGCCUGUUACAGUUAUACAAAGACUGGAAAGGCAAAGAAAAGGAGGCCUAUAAAUACGGAUUCCAGAUUGAAGCUAGAAAAGCAUUUCCUGAUUCCUUAGAAUGGUAUCAAGCCCUUUCUGAUUCUAGUGAGGUAUAUCGAAACAUAGCUGAUGUUGUUGAUGAUGUUGAAUUCCAUCGUAACUAUUUGUCAGUGUUGGAGCGUCUUGUGUAUCUCACAUUGGCUUCUAGCAGCAGUACUGCACUUCUAUCACAGUGUACACACAUGGAUGCAUCAACACUAUUACACAAGUUUGAUCAGGCAUUAAUGACCUCACUGAAAAUAGUUGGUGAAGAUCAGGUCUUUGAAAUAAUGGUUGGACCUUAUAUGCACAUGGCUAGUGUCUUGUUACAUAGCUCAAAGAAGGAGAGUCUGUUACAGACCAACACAAGUGCGGGUGCUCUUCUGUUUCAUGCUUGUCGUUUCCGACCAUCUGAAGGUGGCCACCCAUCCAAAUCUCAGACUUCUCAAGAACAGUUUUGGUAUAAAUUAGCUUGUCACAGAUUGUCGCAGGCUUAUCAUGUCUUGCAUCACAUGGCCAAAACAGAAGGAGAGAAAUCGCAGUUCCUAGAGACCAUAAAGCAGAAAAUUAGCAACACAGAAGCUCAGGCAAACAUCUUCACAACAAUAUUUGGCAGUUCUUACAGUAAUACCAUGGAGAGCAGCUUCUUCAUGAAUGAUGACAAAUUUUACACCGCUGUGUUAGCAUACCCUGAACCUGAGCAAGUUAAAAAGUGGGAUUCUGUGGUGGGAAGUAUGUACUGCUCAAGUUUGAGAGAUAUGGUAUGGUUGUGUAUGCAGCAAGCGCCAAGUAACCUUAAGGAACCACAGCCUUACUAUUCCUUUGCGCUCUUUGAAGGCCUUCAGUUUUCAUCAAAUAAGAUUAAUACAGGGGCUGCAGAAACACUAUGCCAUCUUGAUCUCUUAGCAUUUUUGGUGGCUACAGUCUUUUGUCAGAAAGCAGCUUCAAAAGAUGCCCAUGGUCCACCUCCUGCAUCCUUACCAACGAUUGUAACCUCUGUCUUGAACACGAGUGAGCAAGCUGAAUGGUGGAAUGCAGCAUACACCCUCUUCACCAAUCGUGCUCAUCACAGAUUAAACAAGUUACGUAUGAUCCUACAAAGGGGCCUGGAAGUAAUCCGUGCCAUAGGAAAUCAUGGGAUUGAUCUCAUCUUGAUGGCACAUCUAGCCCAGAGUUUCACAAAAUGGGCACAAAUAGCAAAAAGUGAUGGAAGUUGUCGCAGCGAGGUGGAAGCCUUAGAGGAAAGAGCCAAACAUUACUGGGACUGUGUAUUGAAUUUGUGUCAAAAAGUUGGACGUAACACCAACACCAUUGUUCUCAGAAAUAGGCUGUUUGUUGUACAAAGUGAAAGUUUAAGUCCAAGUGAAAUUGAAAAAGUUCAAGAGGAGGGAAAGUAUUUCCUUGCCAUGAGGUUGGUUCAUGCAGGAAAGAAACAGGAGGCCAUACAAGCCCUGGGAAAUCUGAAGAGUCCAGAAGCUUCGUAUGAAAGGGCAAUGCUCUACAAAGAACAAGCUCAGGGACUAUUAACUGAAAGUUGUGCAGAAUCUUUAACACCAGAAAUGCGAUCACAGUACACAAGUCUCUUACGGCAAGCACGAGAUACGCUCUACCUCACCCUUGACAGAUUACGCAUGCCAGACAUUGACCGGUGUCAUCCUCUAAACACAAAACUAAGCCAGCAGCUAGAGGAUGUCGAGAAAAGAUUAUCUCAUAUUACCCUAAACCCAGAUGUAUCUGUGCAAAGGGAAGAUGACACAGAGUCCCUAUCUGAUGAAUCCCAGUCUCGUCUUGAUCUCACAAAUGGACAUGUGAAUAAUGGGUCCCAGGCCUUGCACAUGUUCAGCACUCCUGUUAGGGAUAACAGGAAUGGUUCUAGAAUAACCAGACAGGAAGCCCGUCCAAGCCCAGAACGUUUAGAUGCACAAGUGAGGGCAUUAACUGAAGUUCAGGAGCACAGCUUAAGAAAUCUGGAAGAACAGAAUAGCGCUUUGAGAUCUCAGAAUGAAGAAUUAAGAAAGCUCUGUGCUACCAUAAGCAAGGAGUCUAACCACAGUGCUUCAAUGUACCGUGAAAUGUUGGAGCAGAAUAAAACUUGUUCUCAAGAAGCACUGAAUUCAAUAUUGUCUGCUAUUCAUAAUCUACAGACUCAUGUUCUAUCGAUAGCAGAGGACUUGUCUGAAGUUGUCAAAGCAAUGAAAUCUGGGCAGAAGCUGUUGGAGAAACCAGAUGCCAAAUUAGAGGAACAGGUUCCUGUUGAACUUCCAACAGCUGCUGCAGUUGUCCCGCCUGGAUUGAACAACUAUUAUGUCAAUUACUAUGACCAACAAGUACCUUAUUACAGACCUUCACCAGGGUUCUUGAGAUUCCCACCUUUCUCACCGCCAUCAACUCUAGCAGAGCAACCAUACAGUAUAACUACCACUGUUAGUCAAGCUCCGGGAGUAUCCACUAUAGCACAAGCUAGCGCUGCAAUUGUAACCCCUACUCCCAGCUCCCCAGCCACCAUUGUAUCUAAGGAUCCAGUACCAUCUUCACCAGCUUCUACUGGUCUUUCCCUUGCUCAGGGUAUAUCCCAUACAAACUUCAGUAGUCUUAGCUGGACUAUGGCGACAACCACAUCAAAUACCAAGAAUAUCUCUGGUACUGUGGAAACUACAAGUGCUCCUGCUCAUAACUAUCAGAUUGCUAUGCCAGCUACUUGCACUGCACUAACUCCUCCUCCGGGAUCUACCCCAGGGGAGCCGCUGUCCCUCUCACUCCCCUGCUCCACUACGGGUCUCCUGGCCAAUGUGCCACCCCCUCUGUACUCGGCGGUCACCCCAGACUCCUCUCCCCUGCGAGGCCAAUCAAAGGUCCAUUCGCUGUCUACCGUCUUAUCGCCUGAAGGUUUAACCCAUGCAACAGGCAGUGUAGAAGCCACAUCUACUUCGCCUAAUAAGGAUGGCUCCUUCAUUGAAAACCUCGAAUCUACUCAGGCAUCACCCACUAAAGGAAAAGAUACAGAUGAGGAGGAACAUGAUCCCUGUCCUGACUAUAAACCACUAAUUCCUUUGCCUGAAAAGGUUGAAGUUCGCACUGGCGAGGAAAAUGAAGAAGUGCUUUUUGAAGACCGAGCCAAGUUGUUUAGAUUUAUUGAUAGAGAAUGGCGUGAAAGAGGUACUGGUGUUAUGAAGAUUCUUCACAAUUCAUCUCAAGGGACUGCUAGAGUACUUAUGAGGAGAGAUCAGACACACAAAGUUUGUGCAAAUCAUCUUAUACAUUCAAGUAUUGAUGUACAACCCAUGAAGAACAAUGACAAAGCUUGGAUGUGGGCUGCUCAGGAUUAUGCUGACGAAGAAUUCAGACUAGAAAAGUUCUGUUGCCGUUUCAAGACUCCUGAAAUUGCUGUAUCAUUCCAAGAGGCAUUUUUAAAAGCCAAGGAAAUUGCAAAGAUAAAGGAGGCAUCAGGAGAAAGUCAAGUGGAAAGCGAGAAAGAAAAAUCAAUUGCCCCUGCCCCAGCCACUGGCCAGAAAUCUCUGGCAGAGAUGUUCAAGCCACCAGAAGGAUCAUGGAAAUGUGAUACCUGUGAAGUGAAUAAUACAGCUGAGAGUGCAAAAUGUGUUGCUUGUCAGACACCAAACCCAAAUGCUACAAAAGGCAGUGAAGUACAGGCUGAAGUUCAGAAGCCUUUUGCUGCAUUUAAAUUUACGACAUCAGAAACACCAUCUGCUACUGCUUCACCCGUGUCCUUCAAGAUAAUCACAGGUGCUGCCGUAUCAUCCACUCCAACCAGUGUUGCAACAAGUAAUAUUGGAAGCACGUCUGGCUUCAGUCUGAAUGCCUUUGGUUCAAGCACUACAUCAACCCCUACCACUUCAUCAGCAGCAACAUCAGGUUUGGCGUCAUCCACCACAACGUCUUUCACUGAGCCAAGCAAAGAUAAGUUUACGUUAAGUGGAUUUUCUUUCUUCACACCACCAACAGUCAUACAGGAGAAGGCUGAUGAAACACAACAAAAAUCACAAGGUGAUGAAAAGAAGAGGGAAUCUGUGUUUGCCAAUUUCACCUUUGGGAGUAUGGAGAAUAAGACAACUAGUGCUUCCUUCAGUUUCACAGCUGUAUCUGAUGAAAAGGCUGGUUCUGUUACAUCAAGUCCAGGAUUGUUUUCUGGGGCCAACAGUGCAGGAAAUAUGGCAUCCUUUGCUAGUUUGGCAUCAAACACCCCGGAACAAGGAGCUAAUGUUUUUAAAAUAUCAGAUUCUAAAGCUUUUGAACAGAAACCGCUGUUUGGAGAUUCAUCAGCAAAAUCUCCAAGUAAGGAUGAUGGUGAUGACAAAGAUGAUGAAUAUGAACCUCAAGCUGACUUUGCUCCUGUGGUACCAUUGCCUGAUUUAGUAGAGGUCAAGACAGGUGAAGAGGAGGAAGUAGCUCUCUUCUGUGAACGGUGUAAAUUGUUCCGAUAUGAUACUUCAAACAAAGAAUGGAAGGAACGUGGUGUUGGGUCAUUGAAGAUUUUGAAGAAUAACACCUCUGGGAAGGUUCGUAUUUUGAUGCGUCGGGACCAAGUUCACAAAAUAUGUGCCAAUCAUUUUAUUACUGCUGACAUCAAAUUAGCUCAGAUGGCAACUUCAGAUAAAGCAUGGAUUUGGGCUGCAAAUGAUUUUGCUGAUGAGGAAAUGAAAUAUGAAAAGUUUGCUGCACGAUUUAAAACUCAGGAAUUAGCAUUAAGCUUUAAAACAGCUUUUGAAAGUGCUCAGAAGUCACUGGAUGAUGCACCACAGAGUAGUACUGUAGGAGUUAUUUCAUCUACUGUAGCAGAUAACUCUGAAAAACAAAAAGCUUCUUUAGCAGAAAUGUUCAAGCCAAAGGUCGGUUCUUGGGAAUGUGAAUCUUGUCUAGUAAGAAAUGAUUCAGGUGCUAUUGUAUGUGUUGCUUGCUCUACUAAAAAACCAGGAAGUGAAGGUUUAAAGGAUGCUCCAGAAGCUGUUCCCCAGGAUAAGCCUGUUGAUCCUAAAACAGCUACCUUGGCCUCACUUUUCAAGCCGCCUCCUGGCUCUUGGGAAUGCAGCUCUUGUUUGGUUCGUAAUAAAGCUGAAGAUGCUGUUUGUGCUGCAUGUGGUUCAGGUGGAUCUGGUACAACUGUUUCAUCAUCUAGUGAAUCUAAACCAACUUUCAAGUUUGGCAUUAAAGAUACUUCAAGUGCUGGCUCAAAUACUCAGAUAUCUAGUGGAGGAUUUUCAUUUAGUGAUACAGAGAAGAAACCAGCUUUCUCCUUUGGUAUUUCAAGUACAGCAACGACUUCAUCAACUCAGCCAUCAUUCUCAUUUGGUGUGCCUUCUCAACAAAUUAAAAGUGACAGUACCACAGCAAGUGGCAAAUCAACGUUUUCCUUUGGUACUCAACAAACACAGUCUAGUCAGCCUUUCACCUUUUCUGUUGUUACUACUCCAGCUGCAUCAACCUUUUCUACGACGACUACUUCAACUACAGCUGCCAGUUCAGCAACUGCUAAAGAGGCAAAGUCCAGUUUUGUCUUUGGUAGUCCUGGCAAGUAUGAUUUUACCUUUAGUGGGGUCAAAGCAAAGUCCCCACGCUCUCGUGACAUAAGUGUUUGUGAAUCAGAAGAUGGAGUGGUUGAAGAAGAUGAUGGAGACCACCUUUACUUUGAACCUGUGAUCCCUCUGCCAGAAAAAGUAGAUGUGGUAACUGGAGAAGAAGAUGAAAUUGUACUGUAUUCUAAUCGAGCCAAAUUGCAUCGACUUGUUUCUGGAGAAUGGAAGGAGAGAGGUCUAGGUGAUAUUAAAGUUUUAGAACAUAAGAAGACUGGCAAGGUCCGUUUGUUGAUGAGGAGAGAACAAGUUCACAAAAUCUGUCUGAAUCAUAAUGUAGAGAAAGGAAUGGAGUUUCGUAAGAAGGACGACAAGACUUUCUACUGGGCUACCGUUGACUAUGCAGAGAAUACACCCAGAAGUGAAACUUUUGCCAUUCGUUUCAAAACUCCCGAGAUUGCAGUUGAGUUCUACAAAGCAGUUGAUAAUGCAAAGGUCAAACUUGGUGGUAAGCCCACAGAAGUGCCCAUAGUGUUGAAAUCAACUCCGAAGAGUGAGGAAACAGAUUCUGAAAAAACUAACCAAGGUGGUGCAUUGUCAGCAUCCAAAACAACCUUUGCCACAGCUGACUCUACAACACCUAGCUCCGGUGCCAUUGGUGGUACCCCUAAAGGCUCACUUUUUGGAGGAAUAACGGGAAAAUCCUUGUUUGGCAGUUCUUUAGGCACAUCUGGUUCCUUGUUUGGAGGUGCCACAAGUGGUCAGUCAUUCAGUGAAGGAUUAUCUGCUGCUGCAGCUGCUGCUAAGCCUAAUGAACCUAACUUCACUGUGAAUGUUUCGAGUAGCUUUUCUUUGAAGUCUCCACCCACAAGCACUCCUUACUUUGCUGGUGGCUCUCAAGUCUUUGGGAAAGGCUCAGUGUUUGGUGGAGUAGCAGCUGUUUCAACACCACAAGGUUCAGUUUUUAGUUUCGGUGACAAGUUUUCUACAAAUGAAAGUACCCCUGUUGAAAUUAUAUAUGAAAAGAAAGCAACUCCAGAGCAGAUAGAACGAGCGCGAAGUUUAAAAUUGCCAGAUAAUUUCUUCCUUUAUGAAGAUGCAGUACCAUGCCCAGGUUGUCGGGGUUGCACAGAGGAUGAAGAUCAGUCUUGCAAGGGAAGCAAAGAACAGUCACCAGUGGAAAGCAAAACCCAAGCUGCAUCAUCAGGUUCUCUCUUUGGAAACUUGAGUGGCACUCAAACACAAAUAAGUAAUUCCACAAGUUUGUUUGGAGGGUCAGUGAAGUCUGGAAGUCCUUUUGGAAGUUCAACUCCUACCUCACAAGGCCUGUUUGGAGGGCCUAAAUUAUUUGGGGGUGCUGUAACAACUACAGCAAGCAUUUUUGGGGGAGCAACCACUACUACAGGGAGCAUCUUUGGAACUUCAUCAAUGACAGGAAGCAUUUUUGGAGGAACAACCACUACUACUAGCACUUUCGGGGGAACUACUACAACUGGUAGUAUAUUUGGAGGAACUUCGACAUCAUCACCAAGUAUCUUUGGAGGAGCGACGACAACCACUUCAAGCAUAAUUGGAGGAGCUGCUACUACCCCCUCGGGCAUUUUUGGCAAAGCCACAACUACACCAAGCAUCUUUGGUGGAACUGCAACAACCACAGGAAGUAGUUUUGGAGGGGUUUCAAGUUCACCAAGCAUUUUUGGAGGAGUCUCCUCAUCAUCAGCAACUACACCUACAUCAAGCCUGUUUGGUACAGCCACUUCCACUUCUUCAAAUGCCUUCGGAAGUUCAACUCCAACCACGACAUCCAGUCUGUUUGGUGGAAUUGCAUCUACAAAACCAAAGUUUUUUGAUUCCUCCUCAAGUGGUGGUUUGUUUUCAUCCUCAGAGUCUGGUGGCUUUUUAUCAAAUAAAUCUUCAACUUCCCCUUCGUUAUUUGCCCCUUCAUUAUUUGGAGGCCAGCCUGGUAGUACAAUGUCUUUUGGUAGUAUUGCUAAGGAAUCCACACCAUCGUUGGAAGCUAGCCAAAAAGGUGCGGGUAAUUCUGAUGGUUGGCUGAAAAAGGGGCAAUCAGUAUUUAGUAGGUUGUCACCCAAGAAAGAAGGUGAUGGAGAUGGAAAGGAAUCUGGAGCCACUGUACCUGACGUUGCUAAGUUGAAAACUCCAGAGGAAGAUUGGGAAGUAAUUUUCUGCAAUCGUGGAAAACUCUUAUAUUAUGAUACGUCAUCAAAGCAAUGGAAGGAUAGGGGUGUUGGUGAUUUCAAGAUUUUAACCGACUCUGGAAAAGGCUGUUAUAGACUUUCACAGAAACUAGAGAAGGAUUCCAAAGAAAGUUGCAAUCACUUCCUGACGCCACAAAUGAAACUGAAUCCUAUAAUGUCAUCGGAAACUGCUUGGUGUUGGAAUGCUGUGGAUUAUUCAGGAAGUUUAGAAGGGAAGGAAGAACAAAUUGCCAUUAAAUUUAAGACCAAAGAUAUAGCAGCAGAGUUUAAAAGCAAGUUUGUAGAGUGUCAAGAAAAACUAGGACAGCCAUCAGAAAACUCCUCUAGUACUGCUUCAGCUACUAUAAUUUUGCCUCAGUCAAAAAAUUUGCUUCCAAAAAAGGAGGAUGAAGAUGAUGAAGUUGAGGAGGAGGAGGAUGAAGAAGAGGAGGAGGAGGAUGAUGAUGAUGACGAUGAUGAUGAUGACGACGACGAUGACGAUGAUGAUGAAGAGGAGGAGGAUACAGAAAAUGCGACCCUAUUUUUAAAACGUUGUACAUUGUUGAAAAAGGAGAAUGGAGAUUGGAAAACUUUGGGAACUGGGGACCUACGCAUUGUAUAUGACGAUGAAUACUUUGGUGCAAGAAUAGUAAUGGUGGCAGAUGCUGGCGACACCCUGGCUGAGCACAUCAUAGCUAUCCAGACAACAAUGCACAAAGAAGGAAAUUCAGCCACAUGGACAGUAUUAAACCUGGAACCAUCCCCUGCAUCCACAGUUACUUUUAAAGCCCAGUUUUCUUCAACUCAGGCUUUAGAAGAUUUUGCAUCUGCUUUCAGUGAGGGUAAAGAGUAUGCUGAGAAUUCUGGCAUUAUGGAACACCCAAGUGUUGGAGGUUGUGAAGCCCCAGCAGAGCAGUUAUACUAUGGUCAGGGUGCUGAUGGACAAGGGGCAGUACAUCAGAAUUUUGGAUCAGUGUCAUACAGCAGCAAUCUGGGGAAGAAUAGUGUUCCAUUUAGCUUUGGUCAGAUUGUGACAUGUGAUCCUAAUUUAACCAAAGAAAUUGCUGCUGCCAUUGAAGAGUACCUUCCCAAGGAAAGUUCCAACUCAGAGUCAGAAUAAUCUUGACUGCUGCAAGAAACCCAAUUGGAAAAUAAGGAUUGAUUGAGUUUUUUUAUUUUGUUUGCUUGGUAUUUAUUUGCUGUGAAUAGAGGAUCUCGCAUAAUGUUUAGAAUUUAAAACAUUUCUCUGCUUAGGGUUUUUAACUUUUCAGUGUAGAUACUGUGGAAUGAAUAGAUUAAAAUUUAUUUUUUCUGGAAUACUGGAUCCCUUAUUAUGAGACAUUGAUUUAUUGAAAAAGUCUUCAGCAAUGGAUGCAUUUCAUCUUAUUUUUUCAUUUGAGUGUAAUAUAUUUUCUUUUAUAAGUUGACUUCCAUCUUGUGAUCUGCAAUGAGCUGUGAUGCAUGUGCUGUAUUAAAUAGGGUGUUCCAUGAUAUGUGAUAAAUCCUUUUUUAUUAUUAUUAUUAUGAUUGUAAUAGAAAUUGCAUUAACAUUUAAGAGAGGAAAAGAUUUCUUGGGUAUUCAGUUAGUAAUUGAUUUGACUUACUUUUUUAAGGUAAGAAUUUUAUUUCUAGUUUUAUAAGUCUUGUGAUUUUUGUCUUCUUUCAUCUUUCGUUUUGUAAUUAUUUUGCCCUCCUUUUUUUUUUUUUUUUUUUUGGUACAAUUAAACUUCCUGACAAGCAACUGAGAGUUAGCUAUACACGUUAAUUGUGAUGUUUUUAUCCGUGUGAUUUGUGCUCAAGUUAUUUUUUUUAGCUUAUUGUCUUUAAGCAGACUUAGCAUUGCUGUACUUUCAUGCUGUGGCUGUUUUUCAUUGUGAAAUUGAGAAGUUUUGGAAUAGGAUGCAACAUGCAGUCCCAUGAAUAAUUAGUUUUCAUUUAGAAGUGAUAUCACAUUUAUAAAUUAAGGGUGCUAAUCUCAGCAAGUGUGUGCUUUAAGGCUUAAAUAGAAUUUAGAAAACCAGGUGUAAGAGCAUUUACCUAAAUAAAUUUUAAAGGCAACAAUGAUGUCAAGGAUCGUUUUUCCACUUGAUUUUAUGUAGUCAAUCGUUCAUUGAUGUUUACAAUAUAAACGUAAUAUUACAUAUUGUCCGUAAUAAUUGAGUAAUUUUACAUUGUUCUUACAAAAAAUGUGUUCUGUUUUGUCUGGCCCCAAAUGGUAAUUUUUUUUAGUUAAUUAUUCUUGACUUUGCUUCCUCUGUAGUUCAGUGAUUUAGCUUCAUAGGUUUGUUUACAUAGGUUAUUGUUAAAGGUAGUGUAGGUAGAAAUAGGGUAGUGUGAUUUUUUUUAAUGCUAGAACUUGGAGUCAUGCAGUAAAAUUGUGCAAACAAUUUUAGUGGACAAGAAUAGUUAUAAGUUUCUAAUUUUGGGGUUUCAUAAUUUACAAGAGUGGAACAAGAGGAUCCUGAUGCCCAUUAUUAUUCUCUUUUAGUUCUUUUGAAAUAAAUUUUGUGCUAUGCAAAUUGCCUAUUGUUUAGUAAUACUGCUUCUGUAUUUCAAGAGCAGGCCUACUAUCUUGCAAUUGUCUGGAUAACAAUAGUUGUUGGAGCACUGUGGCAGCAGAGAAUCAGUAGAGCUCCCCUCCUGUCAUCUGAUGGGGCAUGGUAGACCUUUUAAUAUUUUUUAUUCUGUUGUUCUUGUGUGUUCUUUUCAUCUCUUGUUUUUGAGACAUUAUAUUUUGAUGAAUAACUUUAGAAAGUUGUUCUAACCAAAUCUGUUGGUAUUCCAUCGUCUAACGUAACUUUAUUUUUUCUACUCUGAAAUGUACUGUAAUCUGAUGUGUAGUUCUUUCCCCUAAUCUAUUUUAGUGAGAGGUACCCUAUUUUAUCUUUCAUGUUCAGCUGCUGGUCUAAUUCUAGUGCUGUCUCUGAAAGGGGCAACGAUUCCUACAUCUUCAUGUGACGCAGUUUUGAUGUAAUCUUUUUCUGAUUCUUUUUGGUUUUUGAAAUUAAUCUAGUUUACUUAUAUAUUGUUUUCUAAAGCAGUGGUUGUUAACAUCUUAGAAAAAAUGGGGCAUGUAAAAUAAAAAAUAAAAUUUAUUGUAGAAAUUUAAACAUUCCAAGACUUCUUGCUGGAAAUUUUGAAUAUUUCUAUGAAUCCAGGUAUAUACAGAUUUUGUGUAAUAGUAAAAUUCCUAAAAGUUACUAAUUGUAGGUACAGGAUAGUUAAGCAAUAACCAUAAAUAAUUUAAAGAUGACCUGCCAGUAUGUUGUCUUUCUUGAAAGACUGUAUAUUCAUGAGAAUAUUCUUGACUCUUCCCAAAGGUAAAUUGGAGCACUAUGCUUCAUAAAAGAUUCCUGUAUGGGAAAUCUUCCAGUUUGUCUGUAUUCAUCACCAGCAUAUAUCCAAUUAGAAUAUAACUCACAGUUGCUUGCCUAGAUUUUUCUUUUAGAAAAUGUUAAUAUACCCACCUAAAGAUUAUUUUUGGUUUCAUAAAGAUUACAGGAUA